UUCAAUACUUAAACCCCCCACACUCCACCAAUCACCACACACACACACGCUCACUUUCUCACACCCAAAAAUCACUGAUUUUUUUCUUCUUACAAACACCACCAUGCCCAGUGGUGAUUCAACUCCACCCUACCAUCCCACCACCAAACCCUCCAAACCAAACACUCACUGCAAAAAAACAAACCUCUAUUCCCUCGUCGCACUCCUCUGCAUUUUCUCAUACACCUUCGGUGCGUACCAGCAAAACUCCAAAACCACACCACCCACAACAACACUUUCAACAAAACCAUGUUUCCAUAGCGUUCCCUCCACCUCUCACCUAGAUUUCUCCUCUCACCACAACGCCACUGCCGCCUCCCUCCCUCUUCCCACUUCCACAUUUCGCUACCCUCCCUGCGACGUGUCGCUCAGCGAGUACACCCCAUGCGAGGACCACGACCGCUCCCUCCGCUACUCUCGCCACAAGAUGGUGUACCGCGAGCGCCACUGUCCGUCGAAGACCGAAACUCUCAAGUGCCGCGUCCCCGCGCCGCACGGCUAUCGUAACCCCUUCCCGUGGCCGGCCAGCCGCGACGUCGCGUGGUACGCCAACGUGCCGCACCGCGAACUCACCGUCGAGAAGGCCGUGCAGAACUGGAUCCGCUACAACGGCGACCGCUUCCACUUCCCCGGCGGCGGCACCAUGUUCCCCGACGGUGCUGACAAGUACAUUGACGACAUUGGGAAGUUAGUUAACCUCCGCGACGGUACGGUGAGGACCGCCGUCGAUACUGGCUGUGGGGUUGCUAGUUGGGGAGCCUAUCUCCUUUCACGUGACAUCAUAACAGUGUCAGUUGCACCAAGGGACACCCAUGAAGCACAAGUUCAGUUUGCUCUUGAAAGAGGGGUUCCUGCAUUAAUUGGAGUACUAGCCUCAAAGAGGUUGCCUUUUCCUUCCAGAGCCUUUGACAUGGCACAUUGUUCACGAUGCCUCAUUCCAUGGGCUGAAUACGAUGGGCUUUAUCUAAAUGAAAUUGAUCGAAUUCUAAGACCCGGUGGGUAUUGGAUUCUAUCUGGGCCACCAAUUCGUUGGAAGAAAUAUUGGAGAGGAUGGGAAAGAACAAAAGAGGAUUUGAAUGAAGAGCAGACCAAAAUUGAGAAUGUCGCUAAAAGCCUGUGCUGGAACAAGCUAGUGGAGAAGGAUGAUAUAGCCAUCUGGCAGAAAGCCAAAAACCAUUUGGAAUGCAAAGCGAACCACGAGCUCACUCAUCACCGACGUUUCUGCAAGGCACAGGAUAACCCUGACAAGGCCUGGUACACUGAUAUGCAAACAUGUUUGAGUCCUCUGCCUGAUGUAUCCAGCAAAGAAGAAACUGCAGGUGGGGCAUUGAAAAACUGGCCUGACAGACUAAAAGCCACCCCACCAAGGAUUUCUAAGGGUACCAUAAAGGGUGUUACCCCCGAAAUUUUCUCAAAUGAUAACAAGCUGUGGAAGAAAAGGGUAUCAUAUUAUAAGAAUGUUAAUAAUCAGCUAGAAAAAGCUGGGAGGUAUCGCAACCUUUUAGACAUGAAUGCUUACUUGGGUGGAUUUGCUGCUGCUCUGAUAGAUUCCCCUGUCUGGGUCAUGAAUGUGGUUCCUGUUCAGGCCAAGGUUGAUACACUUGGUGCAAUAUAUGAAAGGGGGUUGAUUGGAACAUACCAUAAUUGGUGUGAAGCAAUGUCUACUUAUCCCAGAACUUAUGACUUAAUUCAUGCUGAUUCGGUGUUCAGCCUCUACAGUCAUAGAUGUGAAUUGGAAGACAUAUUGCUGGAGAUGGAUAGGAUUCUUAGACCAGAGGGAAGUGUAAUAAUUCGAGAUGAUGUUGAUAUAUUGGUAAAGGUAAAGAGUAUAGUGAAUGGCAUGGAUUGGAACAGUCAAAUUGUGGACCAUGAAGAUGGCCCUCUUGAAAGAGAGAAACUUUUAUUUGCUGUCAAAAACUAUUGGACAUCUCCACUUCAUCCCCACAAGAAUAGUUAAAUACAUAAUUUUAGCCAUUUAGAUGCCCCUUUUACCAGUUUAUGUCCUUUGUUGUUACUUUAGUUUUUUCUUUUUUUGUAAGUUUUUUAUUGUUAUUCUUUUUGUAAUUUUUAUUUUUUUCUUUUCUUUUGGGGCUCGAGCUGCAUAUUUUGAUAUCUAGUUGAUUGAAAAAUCACUUUUUAACUUCUCACAA